CUGAAACAGGCUCCAUAGUUUUCGCCUGAUUCCUCCCUGGCAGGCUCACUCCUCACCACCCUGCUCUUUGCCUAGCGCCUGGGACUUUCCUAGCCCCAGGAGCUGAGGUUUAAAGUAUACUGGGUCUGGCUGUACCUCUGUAUCUGAGGGCCCUGGGUUUCAGCUCCAGCUAGAAUCUCAUGUCUCAUGAGAUGGUCUCAUGUCUCGGACCCUUUGGAAUUGAUAUCCUGAAUCUUUAAUUUUAGCUUCCCCCCCCCCCAACAUUUGAGAGACAAAGAGAGGGCAUUCCUAUCCACUGGCGGAAGUCAAGGACCGGAAAGUCAGUCAAGGUCAGUGCCAGGAACCCGACUACUUGAGCCAUUGCCUGCUGCCUCCCAGGGUGCACCUUAGCCAGGAGCUGGAGACAGCAACCAGGGCUGGCAGUUGAAACCAGAUACUCUGAUGUGGGCCAUGGGUGUCUUAGCCACUAGACCAAACAUUGCCCCAAUGCUUUGAACAUUUGUCUCACCAUUCCCCUUGGACUUAACUGCCUCAGAUCAAUUUCCUGGACUCAUUUUCAGCCUAGUCUAGAAUCUACAUGAAUCUGCAUGAAGGUAGUCUAGAAUCUACAUGAAUGAAGCUACAUGAUUGACCCUUGUAGUAGGAGGUUGGACACUUGCUCUCCUUCCUUUCUCCCUUUGAGUCCUCGUAGUAGUGCCUGCUUGGCUGCUUCUAGCUUGGCCCGUUCUUUUGCCUUCUAAACACUAGUUAAAUCUCCUUCCUUAGAAACACAUACAGCUUCUGCCUUUUUUCCUUCCCUCUCUCUCUUUUUGAGCCAGUAUAGUAAACUCAGAUGACCUUGAACUACCUAGAAAAUCUUUCAGGUUCUCUAUAACCGUCAGUUGCAUAUCCUCUUCUAAUUAACUGUUUUCCAUUAAGAAAAAAAACACACACACACACACACACACAACAAUUAGUUUGGCUUUUUUGUUUUGCUUUUAAAGUUGCAAAAAUAUACUUCCCAUGCAAAAUGUGAAGUAAUUCCAGCUAUUGCCAGAUUUAUAUAGAUUCCUGGAAGAUGAGUUGCAAAAACUAGCUACCUUUUUAUAACAUUGUUUCUUUGGGAAAUGCCUUGGGAGUUCCACAAGAUCAAUUGAAAAACUUGUAGCCUGGUUGAUUUGAACUAUGGAAGAGAUGAGACAAACAGAAAUGGCUUCUUCCUUCACCACUGCUAACCGAGACUAGAACCCAAAUCUUCUAACCACUCAUACAAUUGUCUGUCUAUAGUUUUUCACUUCUUUUUAAGUGUGCUUUCUCUCCGUUAACCUGCCAACCAGAUGUGUAUACUCCUUAUUUCAGUCCCAGGUUCAAACUGGAGCUAGAACAGAGUAUAACUGCUGGGUUAGCACUUGUUUAAUAUCUACAACGAAGUCCAGGUGCCUCACAAAUUCUUAGCACCCCUUCAAACCUAUCCCUGCUUUUCCCAUUAGGGAGUGAUGUUCCAUAAUGUCACUGUUCCCAAAGAGGGCUAUCAGGCUGACUUAGAACUUUAGAAAGUGAAUGAAGAUUAGUAGUCAGGAAAUUUUGGUUUUCUCUAAGAAAAGGCUUUCUCUGUACCUCAUCUGUGAUAGGAAGGGCUCGAAUUAAAUGAUGCCUAAAUUCUAUCCUUUUGUCUUUAAAAUAAAGCCAGGGUGGAGAUCUUCCCUCUACUGGUUUUCUCUCCAAACGCUGCAACAGCCUGGGCCAGGCCAAAGCUGGGAGCCUGGAACUCAAUCUGGAUCUCCCACAUGGGUGGCAGGGCCCAAGCCCUGCUGGAGUCAGGAGCCAGAACCCAAAGCCAGGCGCUCGCUCACUCACUCGCUCCAUCUUCACUGCUACACAAGAGCUGGCCCUGCAGGUGUUCUCAUGCUUUCUAGAAACACCCUGACUGUGGCGCCCUCCCUCCGAGUGUUCUUACUAAGGCAGUACAGUGCCUGUGAGUCACUUAUCAAGUACUCCCUUAGGCCACCUGGCUUUCAUUUAUUUUGAAGUUUACUUAAACUAUUUACUAUAAUUCAAGUUCGUCUUGUCUUCUUCACUACAUUGGACUUUUCUGGGGUGGAUCCUCCCUGGUUUGUACCAUUAAAUGAUUAAUUUGAUUAUGCACUGAUAAUUUAAGUCAUGGCACAAAAUCAAAAGAAAUUCAGAACUUCUUUAAAUGUCUGAGGUGGGACUUUCCUUCACUCCUCCCAUGACAUUCUACUUUUUCCCUCAUGGAACUCAUUCACUCUCCCAGCCUUGUAAGUCAUGCCUUUCUCAGUAUUUUGUAUCCCUUGUUGGAGUCCCUAGAUUUGAGUCCCAGCUCCAGUGUCAGUUCAGCUUUGUGCUGAUGUAUACUUGGGGAGGUAGGAGAUGGUGGCUCAAGUACCUGAAGACCUGCCACCCAUGUGGGGGACCCAAAUGGAAUUCCCAGCUCCUGCCUUCAGCUUGGUCCAGUCCAGCUGCUAUUGGCAUUUGGAGCAAGAACCAGCAGUUGGAAAAUCUCUUUCUAUUUUUCAUAUAAAUAAAUAUAAAAAUUUUUAAAUAUUCUUUUUUAAAGAUUAAUCUUUAUUUAUUUGAAAGGCAGAGAAAGAGAGAGAGAGGGAGGGAGAGACAGAGAGAGAUCAUCCAUCCACUGGUUCACUUCCCAAAUGGCUACAAUGGCUGGAGCUGCGCAAAUCCAAAGCCAAGAGCCAGGAACAUCUUCCAAGUCUCCCAUGUGGGUGCAGGGAAGGAGCUGGGCCAUCUUCUACUGCUUUUCCAGGCCAUGGCAGAAAGUUGGAUCGGAAGUAGGGCAGCUGGAACUCGAACCAGUGCCCAGAUGGGAUGCCGGCACUGCAGGCAGUGGCUUUACCCCCUAAGCCACAGUGCCAGCCCCAGGAACAGCUACAUUUCAGUGCUGAAUUCAUUCCAAAUGGUUAAUAUAAGGUCACCACAAAACACACCAAACACUGCAGUUAGAGGAAAGGUUUAUUGUAGGGUGAGUCAGCCCAAUGGGCCAGGGUGGGGUGGGGGGUGAGAGAGAAAAAGAGAGGAAGAAAAGAGAGGGAGGAGGAACAGGUCCUGUUAAGUCUUGUUGGGGGGACAGAGGGCAGGCAGGGAAGUAGGAGCAGCAAAUCCCAUUAAGAUGGGGGUGGAGCUGACAACGGUGGUUGGGCCAAGUGUCACCUGGCUUCCAGCAGUGGGGGGGGGGUGCUAGAGCCUAGGAUGGUAUACAGGGUGUAGAUCGCACCACAAAUAAGACAGUGCCAUUUUACUAACAGUUAGUAGCUACCAUACUCCUAUUAGACAGUGUAGGUCUAUAGUAACCAAAAUGACCAGUACUCACUUUGUCCUGAUAAUUACUGGUUCUUGACCUCUCUUCCCUUUGUUUAUUUUAAUUAUUUAAAAUAUUUAUUUACCUAUUUAUUUGAAUGGUAGAGUAACAGAGAAAGAGGGAGAGACAGAUCCCAAUAUUUGCUGGUUCACUCCCCAAAUGCCUGGACCAGGCUGAAGUCAGGGUCCAGGAACUCCAUCUACAUCUCCCAUUCUCCCACAUCCAGGGCAGAAACCGGAGUAUUUGAGUCAUCAUGUGUUGCUCCUGGGUGGGUUAGCAGGAAACUGGAUCAGAAAUACAGAAAGGACUCAGUCCCAGGCACUCUGAUAUGGCUGUAGACAUCCGAAGUGGGAGCUUAACUAACUGUGCUACAAUACCUACAUUUACAAAUGUUUUGUUUUGUUUCGUUUUUUAAUAUUUUCAUCUGCAUUUAUUUUGCUAUAACUAAAGUGAAAAUUUUUCUCCUGGGUUUUGUUUUUUUUUUUUUUUUCAUUUGAAAGUUAGAGUUAUACAGAGAGAGAGAGAGAGGUCUUCCAUCUGCUGGUUCACUCCCCAAUUGACCUCAGUGGCUGGAGCUGCACCAAUCUGAAGCCAGGAACCAGGAGCUUCUUCCAGGUCUCCCAUGUGGGUGCAGAGGCCCAAGGACUUGGGCCAUCUUCUUUUUUCUUUUUUCUUUCCUUUUCUUUCUUUUUUUCUUUCUUUCUUUCUUUCUUUCUUUCUUUCUUUCUUUCUUUCUUUCUUUCUUUAUUUUUGACAGGCAGAGUUAGAGAGAGAAAGGUCUUCCUUUUUCCAUUGGUUUACCCCCCAAAUGGCUGCUACAGCUGGCGCGCUGCGCUGAUCCAAAGCCAGGAGCCAGGUGCUUCUCCUGUUCUCCUAUACGGGUGCAGGGCCCAAGCACUUGGGCCAUCCUUCACUGCCUUUCCGGGCCACAGCAGAGAGCUGGACUGGAAGAGAAGCAACUGGGACAGAAUCCAGUGCCCCAACCAGGAAUAAAACCCGGGGUGCCAGUGCCACAGGCAGCAUAUUAGCCAAGUGAGAGGCAGCGCCGGCCAUUGGGCCAUCUUCUUACUGCUUUCCCAGGCCACAGCAGAGAGCUGGAUCGGAAGAGGAGCAGCCGGGACUCGAACCGGCGCCCAAAUGGGAUGACAGCGCUUCAGGCCAGAGAAUUAAUCCACUGCAACACAGUGCCAGCUCCAAAUGUUUUAACUGUAUUUGAAAGGCAGAGAUAUAGAACAGAGACUGACAGAAACUCUCAUCAGCUGGUUCACUCCACAAGUGACCACAAGGGACUAGGCCAGGCCAAAGUCCAGAGCCCAGAAUUCAAUCCAGUUCUGCUAUGUGGCAGACCUAAUUCAAUACUUGAUCAAUUAGGCAGGAACCUAAUUAAAUACUUGAUCCAUCACUGCUGCCACCCAAGGUACCCAUUAGCAGGAGACUCCACCCAGGGUGGAGAACUGAGCUCGGGCACUGUGGGGGAUGCAGGCAUCCCAAGCAGCCUCUUAACCCAUGUACCAAAUGGCUGCCCCUUGACCUCCUCUUAAAGGCUGCAGGCUGGGCUUCGCUAACCACUCUGGCUUGAGGCAGCAUCUCCCAACUUAACCUCUGUUAAAAAUGCUGAUUUCUCUUUUCCCUGGCGCCUCCGAGACCAUCAGCUACUUCAAAAUGAAGCUGGAUAUCUCCUUCCCAGCCUCUGGCUGCCAGAAACUCACUGAAGUGAACAAUGAACUUAAACUUCAUACUUUUGAUGAGAAAUGUAUGGCCACAGAAGUUGUGGCUGGCAUUCUGGUGAAGAACGGAAGGGUUAUGUGGUCCGAAUCGACGCUGGGAUUGGUGAACAAGGUUCUCCCAUGAUGCAAGCUGUCCGAACCUCUGGCCGGGGCUGCGUCCUGCGUCUGUUCCAGCUGUCUCUCCAGCUGCCGUGGGACGAAAGCUUCCACCCACCGCAGAAAACUAGUCAUGCUUGAAGAUUCUGCAAAACAAGUUUGAGAGGUGCAUUAACAGCGAGCUGGAUCUGAAGUGGAGCAUCCAGGAGUUGAACCAGCGCCCAUAUGGGAUGCCAACGCUGCAAACAGCUGCUUCACUAUGCUGCACCACAACUCCAGUUCCAGAGUAGAACCUCUUGUGGCAUCUCUGGUUGAAGCUGAAAUAGAGAGGACAGACUUAUUCAAGAGCCCCAUCCAAGUCCCCUACAUGGAGGGAAAAAAAGUGUUCUCCAGGUGAUCUGGACUCCAUGACUAUGGAACAUAAACAUUCAAUCAGCAGAGGCUCAGAAAUGGACCGACACUGAGGCCCUGCAGGGCUUUGGUCAGACGAGCAGAGAUUUGUUCUGGAAAGGCACGGCUGGAUGGGCAAGCGUGCAGCACCCCCACUACGGAGCUUCUUGCUGAGGAAGAAUGACUUAACCCCUCCGUGCCUCUGUCGACAGAGCGGGAGCAGCAGUAGCACCUGCUUCGUAGGCGUUGGGCACGCUACACGGAUUGCUACAAGAACCCUCAGAACCAUGCUUUGCACCGAGGAAGCUUUCAGUAAGUGAGAGUGAUGAUUAUUCUGCUAGUGAGAGGCUUGCUUGUACACUGGGCCAAAAGCAUGAAAUUGCGUGGUCAUUAUCUCAGAAGUUUGAACCCUGCUUUUAAAGUUAUAGGGUGAUAAUGGGCCCUGUUUCGGCACAGGAAUCAGUCAGACAAAUCAAAACAAACACAAACACUUGAGUCCUCGAAGUUCCUUGUGAAAGAGAGGGAGGGAGCUGGUUUUUAUGGCCCGCCUCCUGCAUGCGGCUUCUGUGGGGGUGUCCUUCGUCCCAGUUUACACGGGAAAACGCUGGCGCUCGACUGAAGACCGGCUGCAUCCGUGGAGGCAGAAAGGUUGGUGGUUGCCUAGGGGGAAGGGAGGUUGGGGAAAGAGGAGAGAUGUUGCAGGUAUGGGAUUUCUCCAAGGGAUGAUGCAAAUGUUAUAAAAGCAAUUGUGGUGAUGGUUGCACAACUCUGUGGAUAUAGUAAAAGCCACUUAAUUGUACACUUUAAUAGGUGAAGUGUGUGGUAUGUGAUUCAUAAAGUGCUUAGAAAAAUUAAGUCCCUAACAGGCAGUGAGAAAGCCUGGAUUCAGGCAGGGCCAGGAGGACCCCCAAGGGCCUGGUGCUGUUCAUUGCAUCAGGAGGCCUCCCACACACAGCCUGGAGCAGGGACACCCUCCUGGCCUAAGAUGCUGAGGCACAACGAGUCCCCUGGGUGCUGGAAAUGCGAGGGGAACCGAGAAUACUCAGGUGCCUAUGGGGGUAAAGGGAUGAGCCAACAGCCUUUCUGGUGGCUCAGGGUGUUCUUGGGAGCCGCAGGGAGCCCCACCCCAAUCCCGCCCUGGUACAGGGAUCCUGAGGAUCCUCAGAAAGUGGGACGGUGGGCAAGCCCUGCAGCAGUUCCACGCCGACCCCUGUGCUUGUCCACUCUGGGGGCUGUGAGUUUUCCCUGUGCCUUGCCUUCGUUUUUAGGAAAGCUCCUUGGGCCAAUUCCCACCGGUCCUCAACCAUGCUCAGCGGGGAAGGGAGGAAGACUUGAUGUUUUUCCAUGCUUGGGCCAGAGGGAGAUGAGGAGGCUUGGUCUCACCGGUGCAGGUCCUCCCUGCUGUGGCUGACCCAGCAACCAGAAUCAUCCAAGCACGCUUAGCCCCAAGGGGUGCCAAUUAGGAGAAGUUCACUGUGCACUGGGCCGCCUCUGUGACCUCACCCCAGGGUCUGCCUCCCUCAGCAGGCUCUUAGCCUCAGGUGGUCAUCCUGGCUGCAUUGCAAAUGCAUUCCCUUUACGCAGGGGAGCGAUGCAGAGCCCAGCCUUAUUUGAUUAAGGAGAUGACUCUUAGCAUUAUGGUAAAACCAGAACUAACAAUACUGGCACUUUAAAUGAUAUUUAGUUAGUAAUUUAUAAGCUAUCCCCCCCACUUUUAUAACAUAGCUUACGAUGAAAAGGUGGCUAAAAGAGUUACAUAAGAGUUGUCAGUAUUUAUUUGACAGAGAUAAAGAGAGACAGACACAUAGAGAAAGCUCUGCUGGUUCAUUCCUUAAAUGCCUGUGGUGGCUGGGACUUGCCCAGGCUGAAACUGGGAGCUGGGAACUCAGUUCAGGUCUCCCAGGAGGGUAGCAGGGACUGACUACUUGAAUCAUCACUGCUGCCGCCCAAGGUUUGCAUUAGGAGGAAGAAGGAGUCAGGAGCCAGAGCCUAACUUGCCGAUAUGGGGUAUGGUGUUCCAAUCCAUGUCUUUUUUUUUUUUUUUCUUUAAGAUUUAUGUAUUUGAAAGGCAGAGAGAUACAGAGGGAGGGCGAGACAGAGAGAGAAAUCUUCCACCCACUGGUUCACUCCCCAAAUAGCCACAACAGCCAGGGCUGGGCUGGGCUGGGCUGAAGCCAGGAGCUUCUUCUGGAUCUCCCACAUGGGUGCAGGGGCCCAAGCACUUGGGCCAUCUUCUACUGCUUUCCCAGGCACAUUAGCAGGGAACUAAAUCAGAAGUGGAGCACCUGGGAUUUGAACCAGCACCUAUAUGGGAUGCCGGGAUCACAGGCAGUAGCUUUACCUGCUAUGCCACAAUGCUAGCCCCUCCAAUCUGUGGAUUAACUGCUAGACUAAAUACCACAAGAACUUAUUAUGUUUUAAAUAUGUGAGAAAAACAGAUGCUAAAAUGGAAAGAAAUCCUGCAAUAAAUCAUUUUGAUGAAAAUAAUUGUCACAUCAAAAUUUUUCUUUAUAAUUUUCUAUUUUCCAGAUUAUUCAUAAGUUUAAAUCACUUUUACAAUAGGAAAAUUUCACUUUUUUAAGAUUUAUUUAUUUAUUUGAAAAUCAGAGUUAUACAGAAAGAGGAGAGGCAGAGAGAGAGGAAAAAAUGUCACUUAUUUUUUUAAAGAUUUUAUUUAUUUAUUUGAAAGUUAAGAGUUAAGACAUUGAGAAGGAAAGACAGAGAAAAAGAUCUUCCUUCCGUUGGCUCACUCCCCAAAUUGCCACAACGGCCAGAGCUGUGCCGAUCCAAAGCCAGGAGCCAGGAGCUUCCUCCGAUCUCCCACACGGGUGCAGGGGCCCAAGGACCUGGGCCAUCCUCUACUGCUAUCCCAGGCCACAGCAGAGAGCUGGUUUGGAAGAAGAGCAGCCGGGACAAGAACUGGCGCCCAUAUGGGAUGCUGGCACUGCAGGUGGAGGAUUAACCCACUGUGCCACAGCGCCAGCCCCAAAAAUGUCACUUUUAAACAAAAAAUUAAUAGAAUAACUCUUUAAAAUUUUUAAAUUUCUACUUUUCUCAUUUAAAUAUAUAAACAUGUAUUAUAUUGAUAAAAAUUUUAAAUCAUCCCAAACUUGUCUUCUAUAAACUUGAAUUAUCAAACAUGAAUUAAAGGUUAUGCAUUAUCAUUUAUUUUUCACCAUUUUUGAGAGACAGACAUAGAGAGAUUUUCCAUUUAUUGGUUCAUUCCCCAGAGGCUUGCUACCGCAAGGGCCAGGUCACAUUGAAAAUAAGAGCUGGAACUCAACGAGGCCACCCACAUGACAGGCAGGGACCCAAGUACUCCAGCUGGUCCCCUGCUGCUUCCCAGGGUAUGUAUGGUCAGGAGGGAGCUCAAUCCAAAGCAGAGUAACCAGGAAUCAAAGCAGGAAACAGGAUGCAGGCAUCCCAAGGAGCGACCUAGCUGCUGUGCCUCAGGCCCACUCCAAGGUUAUGCAUAUAUUAACCUGUAUUCAAUGUCAACACUGCCAUUAAGUGCAGUUCCAGAUAUUUUGACCAUGUCCAAGGAAGCCUGGCCGUCCUUUUGAGACUAGGAAAAGAAGUGGGCAUUUGGCCUUGUGGUUGAAAUGCCAGUCAAGACACCUGUGCUCCACAGGGGAGUACCUGGGUUCAAUUUCCAUCUCAAACUCCUGACUCCAGCUACCUGCUAAUGCAGACCCUGUGAUGGCUCAGAUGACUGGGUACCAGCCUUGUGGGAAACCUGAAUUGCAUUCCUUGAUCCUGGUUUUGUCCCUAACCUAGCCCUGGCCAUGGUGGGUGUUUAGGGAGUGAACCAGCAGAUGGGCACUCCUGUCUCUAUCACUCUCUCUGCCUGCUAGAUAAACAAGUAAACAUUUAAACAUUAAAUUUGUUAAAAAACCAAAAAACUAGGAACAAUUCAGGAGUGAUUUCCAUCUGGUUUUCCAAAUCAGCUACAGGGAAGCCUGAAUCAAUACUGACAACUGUCUGUACACAGCCUCUUGCCUCUGUGCUAGCCAUAGUGGCCCUCCAUUACUGCGUUACGGGCCAAGCAGGUUUGUCUGCUGCUCCUGUUACUCAGUGUUGUAGAACAGUACUAACAGCUGAGCUUCAGUGGACAAACACUCCAUUUGUCAUCCUGUUUACCACUCAGUGAUUGCUCUUGUGCACUCUUAGUCAUCCUCCUCAUGUCUUACUCAGCCAAUGGAGUUGCAAAAUCCCUGUGUCUGUGCGGCUAAGCCAGUUAUGUUCCACCACCUUUCUUGUUGGUGAUCUUGUCUUGUUUAUUAAGUAAGUAUGACUCAAGAAUGAAUUUGUUGAAACUGUUAGGUCCAGGGAAGGCAGAAGUCAUGCAAACGUAAAACCUAUUAAAUCUUAUCUUGUCUGUGUGGGUCUGUAACGUAGUCUGAAAUUAUAUGUCAGCUAUAGUGAUGCCAUAUGUGUGGUACCUGCCAGCUCACCUAAAAGCAACAUGACCCUUCCUCAAGAUGUUUUUUUUUUUUAAGAUUUAUUUUAUUUUAUUUGAAAGGCAGAGUAACACAGAGGCAGAGAGAGAGAGAGAGAGAGAGAUCUUCCAUCUGCUGGUUCACUCCCCAAAUGGUAGCCAGGAGCUUCUUCCAGGUCUCCCACAUCGGUGCAGAAGCCCAAGCAUUUGAGCCAUCUUGUACUGCUUUCCCAGGCCUUAGCAGAGAGCUGGAUCAGAAGUGGAGUAGCUGGGACUUGAACCGGCAUCUAUAUGGGAUGCCGGCACUGCAGGUGGCAGCUUCACCCAUUAUGCCAUGGUGAUGGCCCCUCCUCAAGAUGUUUUUGAUUUAGAUUUUCAAUGCAUGCUUAUUCCUUAUUUAAAUUUGGGGACUGUUUUUCAGAUUGGAAUUGUUUACUUACUAAUGUUCUUGGCUAUAUGGAUUUUAGGCUUACAGCAAAAUUGAGCAGAAGUAUAGAAAUUUCCCAUACAAUCCCCUUCCCCCAGAACACACAUACACACACACACAUACACACACACACACAGAUGACACCCUACAUUAUCAACAUUCUCACUAGAAUGGGACAUUUGUUACAGUCAAUGAAUCUGCACUGACACAUCUUUAUCAUUAUGAGAGGCAGAGACAGAGUGACAGAUUGAGAGUUGGAGCUUCCAUCCGCUGGUUCACAGGCUGGAGCUGAGCUAAAGCUGGAGCCAGGAACUCAAUCCAUGUCUCCCACAUGGUGGUAAGAACCCAGUCACAUAAACCAUCACCAGUGUGUUGGCAUUAACAGGAAGUUGUAAUCAGGAGCCAAUCCCAGACAUCUUAACAGACGUCUUAAUUACUAGGCUAAAUGCCCACCCCUAGGCUUCAGUCUUAUGAGCUUGGAUAAAUGUAUCAUGACUUUUCUCCACCAUUACAAUGUCACAUGGAGUAUUUUCUCUGCUCUAAAAAUCUCCUGUUCUCUGCUGAUUUAUCCCUUCCUUCUCCAAUACCCUGAUAUUCUGUCUCUAUAAUUUUUCCUUUUUGUAGAAUGUCAUGUAGUUGAAACCACAUGAUAUAUAGCCUUUCUGGAUUGAUUUCUCUAAUUUUUUUUUUUUUGACAGGCAGAGUGGACAGUGAGAGAGAGAGACAGAGAGAAAGAUCUUCCUUUGCCGUUGGUUCACCCCCCAAUGGCCACUAUGGCCGGCGCGCUGCAGCCAGCGCACCGCGCUGAUCCGAAGCCAGGAGCCAGGUGCUUUUCCUGGUCUCCCAUGGGGUACAGGGCCUAAGCACUUGGGCCAUCCUCCACUGCACUCCCAGGCCACAGCAGAGAGCUGGACUGGAAGAGGAGCAACCGGGACAGAAUCCGGCGCCCCAACCGGGACUAGAACUCGGGGUGCCAGCGCCACAGGCAGAGGAUUAGCCUAUUGAGUCGUGGCACUGGCCAAUUUCUCUACUUUUUAAGAUUUAUUUAUUUAUUUGAAAGAGUGACACAGAAAGAGGGAAACACACACACACACACACAGAUCUUCCAUCUGUUGGUUCACCUCCCAAGUGGGCUCAGUGGUCAGAGCUGGGCCAGGAUGGAGCCAGGAGCCAGGAGCUUCUUUCUGGUUUCCCAUGUGGGUGGUAGUAGCCCUGGAAUUUAAGCCAUCAUCUGCUGCUUUUCCCAGGACCAUUAACAGGGAGCUGGAUUGGAAGUGGAGCAGGCAGGACUCGAACCAGCACCUGUAUGGGAUGCCAGCAUCGCAGGCAGUGGUUUCAUAUGCUGUAUUAUGAUGUCGGCCCCUGGAUUGGUUUCUUUUACUUCACAAUUCUUCCAUUUCUUUUCAUGGCUUGGUAGCUCAUUGAUUUUUUUUUUUUUAAUUUUAGUUUACUUUAUUUAGCUACUUGAAAGGUAGAGUGAUGGAGCGAGGAGAGAGAGAGAGCUUCCACCUUCUGGUUCACCCCUAAAAUGGCCACAACAGCCAGGCCCGGGCCAGAGCAAAGCCAGGAGCCAGGAACUCCAUCCUAGUCUCCCACAUAUGUGGCAGGGGCCCAAGCACCACAGCCAUCUUCUGCUGCCUUCCAGCAUGUGUUCGCAGGGAGCUGGAUUGAAAGCAGAGCAACUGGGACUUGAACUGGCACUCUGCUAUGGGAUGCUGGCAUCACAAACAAUAGCUUAAGCAGCUGUGCCACUAUGGUAGCCCCAGCUCAUUUCUUUUUCAGUCCUGAAUAGUGGUCCAUUAUCUGAAUACACUAUAGUUUAUUGAUUCACCUGCUGAAGGACACUUUUGUAGCUUCCACUUUUGACAAUUAUGAAUAAAGCUGCUGUACAUAUCCAUGUGCAAGUUUUUGCAUGGAGGCAAGUGUUUAGUCCUUUGGGUAACCACCCAGGAGUGUGACUGCAGAUUGCAAGAGAAUGGAUUUGUAAGAAACUGCCACACUGCUUCGUAAAGUGCCUGUAGCAUUUUGCAUACCCAUCAGCAAAGACUGAGUUGCUCCUGCUCCACUCCUCUCCUGCAUUUGCUAUCGCCACCGUCCUGGAUUUUGGCCAUCCUAAAAAGUGUGUAGAGGUAUCUCAUUGUUUAAUUUGUAUUUCCUUAAUGACAUAGAUGUAGAGCAUCUACUCAUAUACCUAUUUUUCAGAUGCAUAUCUUCUUUGGUGAGGUAUAUGUUAAGGUCUUUGAUCCAUUGUUGUUUCCUGGAGCUUUAAGAGUUCUUUUAUGUGUGGGAUAAUAUUUUUUGUAAGAUAUAUCUGUUAUAAGUGUUUUCUCUCAGUCCAUGGCGCGUCAUCUUCUUUCCUUGCCAGUAUAUUUUUCAGAGCAUAAAUUUUUUUUUUGACAGGUAGGGAUAUAGACAGUGGGAGAGAAAGACAGAAAGGUCUUCUUUCCAUUGGUUCACUCCCCGAAUGGCCACUACCGCCAGCGCUGUGCCUAUCCGAAGCCAGGAGCCAGGUGCUUCUUCUUGGUCUCCCACACAGGCACAGGAGCCCAAGCACCUGGGCCAUCCUCUACUGCCUUCCUGGGCCACAGCAGAGAGCCAGACCAGAAGAGGAGCAACUGGGACUAGAACCCGGUGCCCAUAUGGGAUGCCGGCGCCGCAGGCGUAGGAUUAACCAAGAGAGCCACAGUAUUGGCCCCGAGCAUAAAUUUUUAAUUUCAGUAAAGUCCAGUUUAUCAAUUACUGUGGCCUUGAUGUAUUUAAAGUCAUUCACCCCAACCUCUCUACCAGAUAAAAAAAAGGUCAUAGCCAAAACCAAGGUCAUCUACAGUUUCUCCUAUGUUAUCUUCUGUGAGUUUUUAUGGUUUUGCAUAUUUAUCUAUGCUCUGUUUGGAGUUAACUUUUGUGAAGAGUGUGAUGUCUGUGUCUAGACUAACAUUUUGCAUUUGAAUGUCCAGUUAUUACAGUACCAUUUGUGGAAAACACUGCGUUUUCUCCAGCGUGUUGCCUUUUUCAGAGGUCAGUUGACUAGAGGCUGCCGUGGUGGGUAAAGCUGCCUCCUGCAAUGCCAAGGUCCCAUGUGGGCACUAGUUCGAGUCCCAGCUGUUCUAUUUCAGAUCCAGCUCCCUGCUAAUGGCCUAGGAAAAUCAGCAGAAAAUGGCCCAAGUGUUUGGGCCCCUGCUGCCAAUGUAGGAGACUGGAUGAAACUCCUGGCUCUUGGCUUGAGCUUGGCCUAGCCCUGGCUGUUGUAGCCAUUUAGGUAGUGAACCAGCAGAUGGAAGAUCUCUCUCUCUCCUUCUCUGUCUCUUCCUCUCCUUCUGUAAUUUUUUCAAAUAAAAUAAAUAAAUCUUUAAAAAAAAUCAAUUGACUAUGUAUGUGAGUCUGUGUCUGGGCUCUCCAUUCCAUUCCAUUGAUAUUUGUCUUUCUUCCACCAAUACCACACUGUUUUGCUUACUGUAACUUUAUAGUAAGUCUUGAAAUUGGUAGUGCCCUCUUCAAUAUUGUAUUGGGUAUUCUGGGUCUUUUGCCUCUUUAAGCUCUAGAAUCACUUUAUUGAUAUCCAUAAAAUAACUUGCUGAGAUUUUGAUUUUUUGAUUGCAUUGAAUCUAUAGAGUAAGUUGGGAAGUACUAACAUCUUGACAGCAUUGAGCCUUCCUAUCCUUACCUCUCUAUUUAGUUCAUUGUUGACUUUCUUUCAUCAGAAUUUUGUAGUUUUCUUCAUAUGAAUCUUAUACAUAUUUUAUUUUUUAGUUUUAUACCUAGAUAUUUCAUAUUUUUGGGUGCUAAUAUAAAUGAUAUUGCAGUUUUAAUUUAAAAUUCCACUUGUUUGGGGCCGGCGCUGUGGCAUAAUCUGUAAAGCUGCCAUCUGCAGUGCUGGUAUCCCAUAUGGGCACUGGUUCAAGUCCCUGCUGCUCCACUUUCACUCCAGCUCUCUGCUAUGGACUGGGAAAGCAGUAGAAGAUGGCCCAAGUUCUGGGGCUCCUGCACCCACGUGGGAAACUUGGAAGAAGCUCUUGGCUCGUGGCUUCGGAUUGGCACAGCUCUGGCCAUUGUGGCCAAAUGGGGAGUGAACCAAUAGAUGAAAAACUCUCUCUCUCCCUCUCUCUCUCUCUCUCUCUCUUUCUCUCUCUGCCUCUCCUGACUUUAAAAUAAAUAAUCUUUAAAAAAAAAUUCCACUUGUUCAUUGCCAGUAUAUAAGAAAGCAAUUGACUUUUGUAUUUUAACUUUCAACCUUGCUAAACUUGCGUUUUAGUUCUAGAAGAGUGUUUUUAUUGUUUUAUUUUGGUUAAUUGUUUUGGAUUCUCUACAUAGGUACCCCCAUCAUCUGUGAAUAAAGAUGGUCUUAUUUCUGUCUCUCCAACCUAUAUCCUGCGUCCUCCCCUCCCCUCCCUUCCCCUCCCCUUUCCUCCCCUCCCAUCUCCUCUCCUUUCCUUUCCUUUCCUUCCCUUGUUGCAUUGUGCUAGCUAGAACUUCCAAAGUGAUUCUGAAAAGAACUGAUAAGAGAGGACAUCUUUACCUUUCUCCUUAUCUCCUUCACAUUUUGUUAGUUUGUCCUAACUUUUUUUUCUUUAAAAAAAGAAAUAUUUAUUUAUUUGAAAGUCAAAGUUACAGAGAGAGAGAGAGGAUCUUCCAUUCACUUGUUCACUCCCCAAAUGGCUGCAACGUCGGACUGGGCCAGGCCAUAGCCAGGAGCCAGGAACUUCUUCUGGGUCUCCUAUGUGGACACAGGGGCCCAAGGACUUGGGCAUCCUCUGCUGCUUUCCCAGUAACAUUAGCAGGGAGCUGGAUCAGAGCAGAGCUGCCAGGACUUGAACUGGUGCCCAUACAGGAUGCCAGCACUGCAGGCGAAGGCUUAACCUGCUGCACCACAGUGCCCACCCCUGUCCUAACUUUUCUAAAGAUUUAUUUAUUUUAUUUGAAAGGCAGAAUUAAAGAGAAGCAGAGGCAGAGACAGAGAGAGAGAGAGAGGUCUUCCAUUCGAGUUCACUCCCCAGAUGGCUACAACAUACGGAGCUGCAUUGAUCUGAAGCCAGGAAACUGGGAGCUUCUUCCCGGUCUCCCAUGUGGGUGCAGGGGCCCAAGGACUUUCCCAGGCCACAGCAGAGAGCUGGAUCAGAAGUGCCCAUAUGGGAUGCCGGCACUACAGGCGAUGGCUUUAUCCGCCAUGCCACAGCACCGGCUCCUUGUGCUAACUUUUCAAAGUAGACUGCAAAUAUCUGAUGAUGAGGUGUGGAAGACUGACAAGGAGAGGGUUAGAACAAAGAGGCAUUGUGGUAGAAUGGAAAGAACAGUAAACGGGCCUGUGUUGUGGUGCUGCAGGUGAAGCCACUACUUGCAAUGCCAGCAUCCCAUAUCCGAGUGCUGGUUCAAGUCUCAGCUACUCUGCCUCCAGUCUAGCUUCCCGCAAAUGUACUUGGGAAGGCAGCAGAAGAUAGCCUAAGUACUUCGGUCCCUGCUGCCCUGGUGGGAGAUCAGGGUGGAGCUCCUCACUCCUGGCUUUGGCCUGGCCCAGACCUAGCUGUUGUGACCAUCUGGGGAGUCUUCACUCUGCCUUUCAAAUAAAUACGUAUUAAAAAAAAAAAAAAAAAAAAAAAA